GGGGAGAGAAUCGGCCUUUCUGGUUCUCGGGGGUGCAAAGCAGCAUCAGCUCCUUCCUCCCGAGCAGCAGCAGAAAGACACCUCUGAUGCUUCCUCCCCUGUCUCCUCUGUGAGGUGAAGGGAAAAGAGCUGCCAUGAAGCCUUUUCAGGGCCCAGUGUCCUUUGAUGAGGUGGCCGUGUAUUUCACCAAAAAGGAGUGGAUCCUGUUGAGCCCAGCCCAAAGAGUUCUCUACAAGGAAGUCAUGCUGGAGAAUUUUGGAAACGUGGCCUCUCUGGGAUCUGUGACUGCCAAACCUGACCUCAUAUCUUGGCUGGAAGUAGAAGACAAAAUCCAUGGAAGUGCAGAAAGAAUGCGAACAGGGAAGAAAAAAUAUAAAUGCCUGAAGUGUGGGAAAAGCUUCAGUCACAGUUCAAGCCUUGCUUACCACCAAAAGGUACACACAAGGGAGAAACCAUAUCAAUGCUUGGAGUGCGGGAAAAGCUUCAAGAGCCGCGCACAUGUUAUUUCUCAUCAAAGAAUUCACAGAGAGGAGAAACCAUAUAAAUGCCUGGAGUGUGGGAAAAGCUUUAGGAGAAGUCCAAGUCUUCUUUCUCAUCAAAGAAUUCACACAGGGGAAAAACCAUAUACAUGUCUGGAGUGCGGAAUAAGCUUCAAAAGUAGUCCAAAUCUUACUUCCCAUCAAAAAAUUCACACAGGGGAGAAACCUUAUAAAUGUCUGGAGUGUGGGAAAAGCUUCAGUCGAAGUCACCACCUGACUUCCCAUCAAGGAAUUCACACAGGCAAGAAACCAUAUACAUGCCUGGAGUGUGGGAAAAGCUUCAAUAGUAGUCCAACUCUUACUAUCCAUCAAAGAAUUCACAGAGGGGAGAGACCAUAUAAAUGUCUGGAGUGUGGGAAAAGUUUCAGUCAGAGUUACAGCCUUACUUCCCAUCUAAGAAUUCACACAGGGGAGAAACCAUAUAAAUGCCUGGAGUGUGGGAAAAGCUUCAGUCGGACUGACCACCUUACUUCCCACCAAAGAAUUCACACAUGCGAGAAACCAUAUAAAUGCCUGGAAUGUGGGAAAAGCUUCAAGAGUAGUCAAAGUCUUACUACUCAUCAAAGAAUUCACACAGGGGAGAAACCAUAUAAGUGUCUGGAGUGUGGGAAAAGCUUCAGUCAGAGUUAUAACCUUACUUCGCAUCAGAGAAUUCAUACAGGGGAGAAACCAUAUACAUGCCUGGAGUGUGGAAUAAGCUUCAGUCGGAGUGAUAAUCUUACUUCCCAUCAAAGAAUUCACUCAGGGGAGACAUCAUAUAAAUUCCUGGAAUGUGGAAAACUCUUGUGUUAUAAUUUAACCCUUGCUUGCAACCAAAGUAAUCGUGCAAGAGAGAAACCAUAUAAAUGCCUGGAGUGUGGAAAAAGCUUCAGUCGGAGUGACACCCUUUCUUCUCAUCAAAGUAUUCACACAGGGGAGAAACCAUAUAAAUGCCUGGAGUGUGGAAAAAGAUUCUGUUACAAUUUAACCCUUGUUCGCCAUCAAAAUAUUCACACUGGGGAGAAACCCUAUAAAUGCCUACAGUGUGGGAAAAACUUUAGGAGUAGUUCAAGUCUUACUUCUCAUCAAAGAAUUCACACAGGGGAGAAACCCUAUAAAUGUCUGGAAUGUGAGAAAAGCUUCAGUCGGAAGGACAAGCUUUCUUCCCACCAGAUUGUUCACACAGGGGAGAAACCAUAUAAAUGUAUGGAGUGUGGGAAAAGCUUCUGCCGAAAAGACAGCCUUAAAUCCCAUCAAAGAAUUCAUACAGGGGAGAAACCAUACAAAUGCCUGGGGUGUGGGAAAAGCUUUAGGUGUAGUACAAAUCUUACUUCCCAUCAAAGGAUUCACACAGGAGAGAAACCAUAUAAAUGCCUUGAGUGUGGAAAAAGCUUCCGUCAGAAGACACACCUUAUGUCCCAUCAAAAAUUUCAUACAGGACAGAACCCAUAAAAAAUGCCUGGAAUAUGGGAAAAAACUUUGGGCAAAAAGAUCAGUUAUCUUCCCAUGAAAGAUUCUACACAGCAAAUAAACUGAAUAAAUGUCUGGAGUGUGGAAGAAACCUCAGUAAGAGUGGUAACCUUACUCCCUAUUGAAAAAUUAAUAUGAGGAGAAAUGAU